GCGUCUUUGAUUUCCUGUCCCGGCCAAAUUUCCUGUUUCCAGCUUAUUUCUGAUCACUGGACUACAACUCCCAGAAUGCUGAGAGAUUAGCUUCAUUGCUGAGCUUCCGCUUUACAGAUGGACUACAUUUCCCAGAAAAUCGACCAGCGGGGCUGAGGUCCCACGUGCCAAGGUGACAGGCGGCGACCCCGCUGUGCUGCGGAAGGCGGAGGUGAGGGCCGCGGGGCCCUGAGGUGUUGCAGUUCCGGGGCUCGUCCGGGAGGCAGGUGCGGGAAGGACCCAUCAUUUUCCCUGGCUGUGGCUCAGUCGCAUCCUCGGGAUUUCCCUGCACCGAAAAGUUGGAUCGGGGACCUUAUGAUGCUUACACGGGGCAAUCUCCCUCAGUGGACAAUGUGAAGACAAAAAUGGCAUGCUGACGAGGAAGGUUUCUAAGCCUUUUGCUGGCAAAGGGGUUUCUCACAGCCUUCAGCCAUGCGUCUCUCUGCCCUGCUGGCCUUGGCAUCCAAAGUCACUCUGCCCCCGCAUUACCGCUAUGGGAUGAGCCGCCCAGGUUCCAUGGCAGACAAGAAGAGGAAUCGCCCAUGGACCAGACGGCGCCCAGUGGCUGUGGAACCCAUCUCAGAUGAAGACUGGCAUCUGUUUUGUGGAGACAUGGUGGAGAUCCUAGAAGGCAAGGAUGCCGGCAAGCAGGGCAAAGUGGUUCAAGUUAUCCGGCAGCGAAACUGGGUAGUCCUGGAAGGGCUGAACACACAUUACCGCUACAUUGGCAGGACCAAGGAUUACCGGGGAACCAUGAUCCCUAGUGAAGCCCCCUUGCUCCAUAACCAAGUCAAACUUGUGGAUCCUGUGGACAGGAAACCCACUGAGAUCGAGUGGAGAUUUACUGAGGCAGGAGAGAGGGUACGAGUCUCCAUGAGAUCAGGGAGGAUAAUCCCCAAACCUGAAUUUCCCAGAGCCGAUGGCAUCGUCCCUGAAGCAUGGAUUGAUGGCCCCAAAGACACAUCAGUAGAAGAUGCUCUAGAAAGAACCUAUGUGCCCCGUCUAAAGACACUGCAGGAGGAGGUGAUGGAGGCGAUGGGGAUCCAGGAGAACCGGAGACACAAGAAAGUCUAUUGGUAUUGAGCCUGGGGAGAGCAGCGUCUCCCCUAUUUCUGUCUUAGUGUUGAAGGCUGGGGCACCUCUUCUUCAGAUGCCAAUAAAGAGCCAUGAGUCCUCCU